GACGGUGAAUCUGAGGAGGGUGCUCAGGGAAAUGAAUGCAGAGACUCCGCGCCUGUAAAGGGAGAAGUCACAGCUCCAGAUGGCGGUUGGGGCUGGGUGGUGCUCCGCCACCAUCAUAGUCCUGGCUCUGACCCUGGCGUUCCCCUCCUGUGUGGGAAUCUUCUACACCGACCUGCAGAAUGAGUUCCACGCCUCCAACAGCGAGACCUCCUGGGUGCCGUCCAUCAUGACGUCAGUGCUUCACGCAGGAGGUCCCUUAUGUAGCGUGCUGGUGGAGAAACUUGGUUGCCGAGCGACGGUCAUGUUGGGCGGCGUCCUGAGUGGGCUGGAAAUGGCUGCCAGUUCAUUUACCCAGUCCAUCACACAGCUCUACAUCACGGCCGGGGUUAUCACAGGACUUGGUUUCUGCUUCAGCUUCCAGCCAGCGGUGACGAUCCUCGGGCACUACUUUGUGCGUCGCCGUGCGUUCGCCAACGCGAUGUCGUCUACGGGCACGCCGCUGGGACUGUGCUUUCUGCCUUUCCUGGGUGACUACCUCCACACAGAGCUGGGCUGGAGGGGAAGUUUCCUUGUUUUGGGGGCCGUCCUGCUGAACUGCUGCGUGUGCGGAGCAGUGAUGAGGCCCCUGCAGCCCCCCAAGCAUCGCGGCCAGCCGCUCUUGAACCACGGACCCCCUCCGCCCGAGGAGGAAACUGAGAGGACGGAGAAAGGGAGGAUGAGAAGGAUAUGGAGCUCUUUGGGGGCUUCUCUGAGCAAACACAUGGCCUUUGAUCAGCUCUGCCACAACACACGUUACUGUGUGUACGCCAUAGGCAUCACCUGGAUGAUGCUUGGGCUAGGGGUGCCUUUAAUUUACCUGGUUCCCUACGCCACAGCUAACGACAUGGAGCAGAGCCGGGCCGCGCUGCUGCUCGGCAUCCUGGGUAUGGUUAACAUCGUGGUGCGGCCGCCCUUCGGCAUCCUCUUCAGCAUGUCAUGGUUCAAAGGGCGUCACAUUUACGUAUUUUCCGCUGCUCUGCUGGUCAACGGGCUCAGUAACAGCAUCUGCUGCAUCGGUCCCAGCUUCCCCGUGCUGCUGGCUUAUGUGGCGGUCUACGGGCUGUCCAUGAGCGUGGUGGGCUCGCUGAUGUUCACUGUCCUCAUGGAGAUAGUGGAGAUGAGCCGCUUCCCCUCAGCUCUAGGUCUGCUCGCCAUCAUGGAGAGCGUCACGCUGCUCAUCGGACCUCCGCUGGCAGGAGUCCUGAUCGACAGAACAGGCCAGUACUUCCACGUCUUCUUUGCCUGCAGUGCCGUCGUUGCCUCCUCCGCUGUGUUCCUCAUGGUGUCAUUUUGCUGGCUGGAUAAAAGGGACAGCGAGUUAUCCAAGCAGGGUCCACCCCCUCGACAUGAACCAGCUGUUGACUUGGCUCCUGGCUGUCAGUACAUCAGCGUUCCCACAGAGGGAGACAAAGACAAGGCCUCGUCUAACGGGGCAUAGAACCGGUGCGUUUACAACCAGAGGAUAAAACCAAACCCUUUCACGAAGACAGAAGCAGAAGAUUUCAUGUUGUGAAACAUUGAAUGAGAGGAAUAUUUCGAAGACACUGAGGAGUUUUAUGACACUGUAACUGAGUUUACCUUCAGUCCCAAUCAAAGAUUGUACUGUAUGUGACAGAUGUAUCUUUUGAUAAAUGAACAUGGAGACUAUUUUAUGUCAUAUGUGACUGAAAGUUAAAUACACAUUUCAGGUAUGAGCUGCAGUAAAUAAAAGUGUAACCAGA